UCAGUCUGACUGACAUCAUCACCAUCAUCACCAGACCAGAACCAGUAGGAACCAGUCGGUCCAGGUGAGGAUGUUCAGGUACACGGCGCCGUGGCAGGUUCUGUGUCACAGUCUGGACCAGGAGAGCAAGAGACUCUCGGCAGGCGACCGUCGGGAUGCUUUGACUCUCCGGAGUUCCCAGACUUCCACCUCCGUUCAUCAUCUCCAACCCUCAGAGCCUCGACCCCCUGUCAGCUCCACAGUGCCCCCUGUCAGCUCCACAGUGCCCCCUGUCAGCUCCACAGCGCCCCCUGUCAGCUCCACAGCGCCCCCUGUCAGUUCCACAGCGCCCCCUGUCGGCUCCACAGCGCCCUCUAUCAGCUCCACAGCGCCCUCUAUCAGCUCCACAGCGCCCCCUGACAGCUCCACAGCACCACCUAUUGCCUCCACAGCGCCCCCUGCAGACAUGGACAGUUUUCCCAGGAAAUGGGUGUUGAAGCCUCUCUCUCCGCUGCUGCAACCCUCAGACCUGCGCACCAUCGCUGGCCCCGCCCCCCACCCAGACGACCUGAAUUUUAGCAGCAUCACUGUGACUCGUCAGUCCUCGGUGGUCGUGUCAUCCCUGGAGGAGGACAAGUCCAAGGAUGUGGUGGUUGAAGCCCGGCAGGUCGCCGUGUCGCAGGACGGAGGCAGCACCAGCGACGAGUGGCAGCCCAGCAGUCCUGGCAGCAGUGGUUCCAGCUCGCACUGCGGGUUUUACUCCUUCGUGGAUGAUCCGGACAGUCCUGAGGCCGAGCUGAACGAAGCUUGGAUGGUGUCGACGGAGCGGCAGGCGAAGCUGGCGACGCUAAAGGAGGAGAGAGGAUUCAAACUACAGACCUACAGCAGCAGCAGGAAGCCAGAGAGCCUGUUCUCUGACUACAACGGAGACUCGCUGUACAGAGUUGAUCCAAACAUCAAAGUGGUCAGGGAGGACGAGGAGAAGCAGCUCCGCAGGGAGAUCAUUCGCAACCAAGCACCCAAGAAGAACCCAGCUCUGAAGGAGCAGGAGAGAUCGCUGGAGAGUCUGGAUCUGAACCAAUCUACCGACAAACUCAUCGACGGCUUCAGUUUGAGCUACAGCCCUGUCAGAGCAGAACCGCCCCGACACGCUGAGCCUGGGACCAUCGACAACGAACAGAUCAACUUCAACGCUGUGCGAAAGCAGUUCCUGAAGAUGGAGCAGGACCGACCGAUGCCGCUGCUCCACCCACAAAGGUCCUCAAAGACACGCCUGAAUUUGUCUCGUCCUGACGUGUCCCCAACAGUGAGGCUGGAGGAUGUUGACACCUCAACAACAUUUAAAGCAGCAGCAGAAGAAGAGACGUAUCCACAGAGGAGGGUGACGGUGCUCCAGUCUCAGGACAGUGUGUUCGAUGAAGUGGACUCCCACCUGGAACAGCUGGAGGUGGGCAGCAGCAUCACCACCAGCAAAGGCCUGUUCAGCAGUUACACUGAGCUGGACGGAGAGACCAUCAGGUUCAGCAAAGCCUCUGAAACCCCGAUUGAAAGGGAGAUCCGCUUAGUUCAGGAACGUGAGGAGAACCUGCGACACUCUCGAGGCCUGAAGCACAGCAACAGCCAGGAGAUGAUUGAGAUUACAACCAAACGUUUACAGUUGCCGCUGACGCCCAGAACCAAAGACAAGAGCCGAGUGAGCUUCAUCUUCCAGAAAGAGAUCCAGAACCAGAGAAAGGAGGAACCUCACCUGACAGAAGACAGUCAAGAUGCGCUGCAGAAGCUGGAAGACACAAGGAAGAAGUGGGAUCCAGAAGACGAGGAGCUGACCGACAGCUCAGUGUUCCCGUCUCCUUGCUGUCCUCAUCGACACCCUGAAGAAUCCGAGUUCAGCCGAGCGAGUCUGGAUCUGUCCUCUCUGACCGAGACCGACUCCAGACGUUUCCACCGAGAUCGAGAUCUUUCUUCUUCCUCCAACUCCUCCUCCUCCCCAACGCUGCCACCAUCCUGGACCACCCCUCAGCUCUGGAGGGGGAACCUGGAGUCCACCAACCGGCAGUCCAGAGGACAAGGAGCUCCAGACUUCAUUGGAAAGGAGAUCGAGGAGGCUCUGAGGCGGGAGCAGGAGCUGAAGGAGCUGAGGGAGUCCAGGGAGGAGCACCGGCCAACGUUCUCUCCAGCUCCUCUGGUUGAACAGGCGACCAGGACGGCUGUCAGUCAGUUCUACCCACCUUUAACCACAGACAAACCUGUCAGUGUUUCCUCUCCUCGUCCAUCUGCCCAUCUGUCCUCCAUCUCCCUGAUCACCGCUCAGCCCUGGACCUCCUCCUCCUCCUCCUUCUCCUCUUUACCGGCAGUUCGCUUGCCGUCGGUUGGUGGUCUGACAGAGACGCUGCUGCAGGACUUUGAGGAGCGACGAGCCAAACAGAAACUGGAGGAGAGCUCGUACGCAGGAAUCCAGCCGGUUGACGACGUCAACAACGAGGUUGUUGAGUCAACUCGGGUUAUUCGACAUAAAAACCAGCGAGCUCUGCGCUGGGAGGCCGGAGUGUACGCCAACCAGGACAGCCAGUGAGAGCAGCAGAACCAGACCCAGGACCAGAUCCAGGGCACGGUCCAGGAUCAGGGCCUGAUCCUGAUCCUGAUCCAGAGCUGGUCGUUCCUGUGGGGACAGCUGUUCAGCAGCAGGGUUGAUUUCUUCCUUCAGCUGAGAUUCAAAUGGUUUUAAAGUAGGACGCUUCAACAGAAAAGGCUGAUUGGUCCUUUACGACGUGUCUCCUGCCCUCUUCCAAUCAGCUGCCAGUUGCCGAACAGCCUCUCUAACAGACAGGAAGUUCCUGAUUCAUGUAAAAGAGAAAGAAAUAAAGAGCUCAUGUGAGUUAAGCAGCACUCUGUUUGUUCUGCAGACUUUUAAUCUGACGCAGCACAAAGCCACAUUUCUGAAUUCAUUCAUGAUUUAAAGCUGAUAUUUCUGAAAGAAUAAAAACGAUAAACAUC